AUGCAACUCCCUCCAGGGUUCAGUAUGGUUCUGCAGCCCCACCUGAUCCAAAGAGCCAGGAGAAAUUGCAGGUGCCCUGGGACACCCUUGAGAAGACAUGGCAUCCAGUCCAUGGCGAGGUGGAGUUCCGACCUGCAUUCUGCGACACACAGUAUCUUCGCAGCCACAGCACAUGGUGGGCUCGAGAC